AUGUCUGGAAGAAAAAAGAAAGAUUAUCGUAAGGUCCUGAAGUCAAUCCUUCAGAUGUUCCCUGUUGAUCCUGAGGUCUGCCAAAUAACCAUCGAUUUUGAAAAGGCUCUGUGGAGUGUUCUUCGCCUGCUCCUUCCCGACGUAAAGAUCAAGGGGUGUGUUUUCCAUUGGACACAGGCUCUUUGGAGGAAGAUUCAAGAGCUUGGACUCCAGCAGCAAUAUAAUAACAACCGUGGCAUGUACCGGUACCUUAGACAAAUCAUGGCGCUGGCAUUCCCUCCCGAGGAUGAAAUCGAGCCGAUGUUCGAACAUCUGAAAGCUCAGGCAGCAACAGACCAACUAAGGCAAUUUGUAGAGUACGUGUCCCAAACGUGGAUCCACAACCAAACCUGGCCCCCGUCUUCAUGGAGUGUCUACAUAAUGGCCAUCAGAAGUAACAAUGACAUAGAAGGGUGGCACCAUGGGCUUCACCACCGUGCCUCAGGAAAGUGGCAUAUGCCAUUCUACGUGCUGCUUGACCUCCUCCAUCCAGCCCGCCUUACAGCAUUACGCAUUCGUCUAGUUUCCAAGAAAAAACUUGAAAGGAUCCAAAGGGUAAAGUGUCGUUCUCUCCAAGCCAAAGUUUUCGCUCUCUAG